CCGAUUACUGAUAACAUCAUAACUCCAUGUGCGACGUACGUGAUUCGAAUCAUGCCACGUGAGUAUCGAGUUUGCAGUAUGACGUAUCUAUUUGCUAAUCGGCGAUAAACUUUGUACUUUGAGUUUGUCUCGCUGCAAUUCGUGUAAACGAAACUGCUGCAACUGUUUCCUGUGUUGUAAGUUAAUAGGACGAAAUGUCAUUGUAUUUUGGCGAUAAAUAGCAGAACUAGCAUGUAAGGGCCAACAAAGUGUUAAAUGGUAUAGGCAUGCACUAUAGCACCACCCAGCGACUAUCACUAAACGACUGUGUGCAGUUGUGUAAAGGUUUAGUGCUGGUUAAUGAAAAAUGGGAAUCAAUCUUGGGCAAGUUUUUCCAAACUUUGACUGCAAAACAACUGAAGGGGAUUUAAACUUUCACGAAUACAUAAAAGACUCAUGGGCUGUUUUGUUUUCACAUCCGGCCGACUAUACUCCUGUGUGUAGUACGGAGCUUGGUGCGGCUGCAUUGCAGCAUUGUGAGUUUCAAAAGCGUGGAGUCAAAAUGCUGGAAGUUUCGGUGGAUUCUGUAGAAUCACAUAAGGGAUGGGUGAAGGAUAUUCAAGUUCUGUACUCAAUGUCAGAGAAGCGUUUUCCUUUUCCGCUUGCUUCAGUAUCUCGUCAGUUGCUUAGUGACUUGGGCAUGUUAGAUCCUGAUGAAGUUGAUAGCACAGGUCUUCCCUUAACCGCUCGUUGUGUGUUUGUAAUAGGCCCCGACAAGAAGCUGAAGUUAUCAAUAUUAUAUCCCGCCACAACAGGAAGAAAUUUUCAUGAGAUUCUUCGAGUGAUUGAUUCUUUACAGUUAACUGCAAACAGUAAAGUAGCUACUCCAGCUAACUGGAAGAAAGGUGAAAAAUGCAGGGUGAUCCCGUCGUUAAGUGAUGAAGAAGCGGUUAAACUUUUUCCGAAAGGAUUCGAAGUGACAGAAGUUCCGUCUAAAAAAUCUUACAUUCGUUUGACACCUGACCCUUCAAUUUAGUUUAGACAAGAUGAAUAUUAACGCGGUUUAAAUCUUGUACACAUAAAAACAAUAAUUUGGCAAUGAUAUAGGGCCACAUAGGUCAAUUUUUUUGCCUAUAUAAACGCAGAAACGAUGUUAUUAAUUUCGACCGUUGACUAUUUAAAUUUAUCAGAAUCGCCUUAUAAGGACAGCAUUUUUGUGCGGUUUACAAAAUUACAAAUAAUGCAGUUAGAUCGACGGCAACUGUUUUUUUUGGCGAAUAUUUUCGCUUUCGUUACAAUGCAAUUUGUACUCUAUGCACAUUACAAUUACUAUUAAAUUAAAGGACUAAUUAAUUUAUUGCAUUUUUCAGAUAUUGAAUUAACAUUUUUUUAAUCUGUAUUUCGAAUAUUUCGAGUAAAACAGUAGAAUGGGAAUCAAUCUCGGUGAUGUUUUUCCGAAUUUUAAAUGUUCGACUACGGAAGGGGAGAUGGAUUUUUACAACUACAUUGAAGGCUCAUGGGCAAUUCUUUUCUCACACCCAGCAGACUACACGCCUGUAUGCACAACAGAACUUGGGCAUGCAGCAUCAAAUUAUCACGAGUUUGAGAAGCGAGGUGUGAAGCUGAUGGGUCUAUCUGUUGAUCCUGUAGAUUCUCAUAACGGUUGGAUUAAGGACAUUCAAGCCAUUUGUACAAUGCCCACGGCUGGAAAAUUUCCGUUUCCCCUGGCAGCUGGAAGCCGCAAAUUGGUCA